GAGGAGAGGCAGCGGAGCGCGGGGGAGGUCGGCUGGGAGGCCGGCGGCUCUGGUUGGCCUCCCUGUUCGAGAUCCCCCGAGUGGAACCAUGAGGGUGGCCAAGUGGCUGACGGGGCUGCUCUACCAGCUCUCGCUCUUCAUCACCAAGUCUUGGGAAGUUCACUUCCACCCCAGGCAAGAAGCCCUGGUGAGGACACUGGCCUCCUACGAAGUGGUGACCCCUGCGCGGGUCAGUGAGUUUGGAGAAGUGUUCCCUCAGAGCCGCUACUUCAGCCGGAAGAAACGCAGCUCAGAGGCUCUGGAGCCCACGCCGUUCAGGACCCAUUACCGCAUCAGUGCCUACGGGCAGCUCUUCCAGCUGAACCUGAGCGCCGACGCGUCCUUCCUGGCUGCGGGCUACACAGUGGUGCAUUUGGGUAGAGCGGAGGAGCGCAGCGCGGCACCCCCGGACCUGCGCCACUGCUUCUACCGCGGCCAGGUCAACGCUCGGGAGGAACACACUGCAGUGUUCAGCCUGUGUGGAGGUCUGAUGGGAACAUUUAAAGCACAUGAUGGUGAAUAUUUCUUAGAACCUAUUAUAAAGAUGGAUGGGAGUGAACAUGAAGAUGAUCACAACAAGCCACAUCUUAUAUACAGACAGGAAUUAAAGAGGAACCGUUUUCUGCAAUCUCACAAGACUUGUGAAGUUUCAGAAAGUCAAAUAAAGAAAACCAUUUUACCUUUUCAUAACUACAGCAACAUGAAUGAAGAUAAUAUAAAGAAGGAAAUAGUUUUGCAAUACCCUUCAAAAAAUGUAUCAUUGGAAGAUGAAAGACGUCUAUUACAUUCCAGGAAAAAACGUUUUUUAUCGUUUCCAAGAUAUGUGGAAGUUAUGGUUACAGCUGAUGCUAAAAUGGUUCACCAUCAUGGACAGAAUUUGCAGCACUACAUACUAACACUAAUGUCAAUUGUUGCAACAAUCUACAAGGACUCAAGUAUUGGAAAUCUUAUAAAUAUAGUAGUUGUAAAAUUAGUUAUAAUUCACAAUGAACAGGAAGGACCAGUCAUCAGUUUUAAUGCAGCUACCACUUUACACAACUUUUGUUUAUGGCAACAAACGCAGAAUGUUCUUGAUGAUGCCCAUCCUUCCCACCAUGAUACUGCUGUUCUUAUCACUAGGGAAGACAUUUGUGGAACCAGAGAGAAAUGUGACACAUUAGGUUUAGCAGAAUUAGGUACCUUGUGUGAUCCUUUACGGAGCUGCUCUGUUAGUGAGGAGAAUGGACUCAGUGCUGCCUUUACUAUAGCCCACGAGCUGGGGCAUGUAUUUAAUGUUCCACACGAUGAUAGUUUCAAAUGUAAGGAAGCUGGAAUUAAGCAUCAGUAUCAUGUAAUGGCCCCAACUUUAAAUUACCAUACAAGUCCUUGGACCUGGUCAAAAUGUAGUCAGAAAUAUAUCACUGAAUUCCUAGAUGCUGGUCAUGGGGAAUGCCUCCUUGACAAACCAAAUGGCAGAAUAUAUGAUCUGUUUUCACAACUUCCUGGAUUAAUGUAUGAUGUAAACAAGCAGUGUGAACUUAUGUUUGGUCCUGGAUCUCAAGUGUGUCCCUAUUUGAAACAAUGCAGGCGUCUCUGGUGCACAAGUGCAGAAGGAGUUCACAAGGGCUGUCGCACCCAACACAUGCCCCUGGCAGAUGGAACAAACUGUGGUCCUGGGAUGCAUUGCCACCAUGGACUAUGUGUAAACAAAGAAAUGGAAUCACGUCCUGUAGAUGGUGAUUGGGGACCAUGGGGACCUUAUAGUUCUUGUUCAAGAACAUGUGGAGGUGGAAUCAAAAGCACAACCAGGCUCUGUAAUCGCCCCGAGCCAAGAAACGGAGGCAAGUACUGUGUUGGCCGCAGGAUGAAAUUUCGCUCAUGUAAUACUGAUUCAUGUCCAAAAGGCAAGCAAGACUUUCGAGAGAAGCAGUGCUCUGAAUUUGAUGGUAAACAUUUCAACAUCAAUGGUCUUUCCCCCAAUGUGAGGUGGCUUCCAAAGUACAGUGGGAUUGCCAUGAAAGAUCGCUGUAAGCUCUAUUGUCGGGUUGCUGGAACCACUAACUUCUACCAGUUGAAGGAUAGGGUAGCUGAUGGUACUCCUUGUGGGACUGAAACUAAUGACAUCUGUGUUCAAGGGCUAUGUCGGCAAGCUGGUUGUGAUCAUGUGUUAGACUCCAAAGCCAGGAGAGACAAAUGUGGUGUGUGUGGUGGUGAUAACUCUUCAUGCAGGACAAUGACAGGGGUUUUCAACAGUGCUCAUUAUGGUUAUAACAUUGUAGUAAAGAUUCCCACAGGAGCAACAAACAUUGACAUUCUUCAGCACAGCUAUUCUGGAAAACCAGAAGAUGACAAUUACCUUGCAUUAUCUGACACUCAAGGGAAUUUUCUUUUGAAUGGCAAUUUUGUUGUAAGUAUGUCAAAAAAAGAACUCAACAUACAAGGAGCUAUCUUUGAAUACAGUGGUUCAAACAACUCAAUUGAAAGAAUUAAUAGUACUGAUCGACUUGAAGAAGAACUUGUUUUGCAGGUUUUGUGUGUAGGUAACUUGUACAACCCUGAUGUACGUUAUUCCUUCAAUAUCCCUAUGGAAGAGAAGAGUGACCCAUUUGCAUGGGAUCCAUAUGGACCAUGGCAAGACUGUACCAAAAUGUGCCAAGGUCUUCAUAGAAGAAAAAUCACCUGCAUACGUAAGAGUGAUCAUACGGUAGUGUCUGAUCAAAGAUGUGACCACUUACCUCUUCCAUUGUUUGUGACUGAGAGGUGCAAUACAGACUGUGAACUAAGGUGGCACGUCAUUGGCAAAAGUGAAUGUUCAUCCCAUUGUGGUCAAGGUUAUAGGUCUUUGGACGUCCGUUGCAUGAAGUAUUCCAUUUAUAAAGGACAGGCUGUUCCAGUAGAUAACCACUACUGUGGUGACCAACUUAAACCUCCUACCCGAGAACCCUGCCGUGGUGACUGUGUCUUAACCAGAUGGCUUUAUUCAGAAUGGUCCCAGUGUUCCAGAAGUUGUGGAGGAGGGGAAAGGUCUCGAGAAUCUUAUUGUAUAGAUAACUUUGGUCAUCAUCUUGCUGACAGAGAAUGCCGAGAACUUCCCCAAGUGACAAUAGAGAAUUGCAAUGAAUUUUCCUGUCCCAUUUGGGCUACUAGUGAGUGGAGUGAGUGUCUUGUUACAUGUGGAAAAGGAACAAAGCAGCGGCAGGUGUGGUGUCAACUGAAUGAAGAUCACUUGAGUGAUGGCUUCUGUAAUCCAAGUACCAAACCUGAAUCGCUGAGACCGUGUGAGGUUAAUAAAUGUGCCACCUGGCAAGUAGGACCAUGGGGAUCUUGCACAGCCACAUGUGGACAUGGGUAUCAGAUGCGUGCUGUUAAAUGUGUCAACGAGCUAUUGAUUGCAGUGCUGGAUGAUAGAGAGUGCAGUGGGGCUGGUCGCCCAAGUGACAGGCAGGACUGUAUAGUUACACCUUGCCCAAUUAUCCCUAAAAUCGGGGCCACUUCAUUACCUGCUGUUCCCAUGGGCAAGACAGCACAAUGGCGACAUGGAUCUUGGACCCCAUGUUCUGUGUCUUGUGGACGAGGUAAUCAAGCCCGCUAUGUAAGUUGCCGUGAUGCUUAUGAUGGAAUAGCAGAUGAAUCAUAUUGUGCCCAUUUGCCCCGACCUGCUGAAGUAUCUGUCUGUUUUAGCCCUUGUGGAGAGUGGCAAGCAGGGAACUGGUCACCUUGUUCAGCAUCCUGUGGCAAUGGAAAAACAAUUCGGCAAGUUUUAUGCAUCAGCUACCAUCACCCAAUUAAUGAGAAUUACUGUGAUCCUGAAGUUCGCCCUUUGAUAGAACAAGAGUGUAACCUGGCAGCCUGCCCACCCACGUACAACCACUUCCCUAGUGCCUCUGAACAGCCAAGCCAUCCUCCAGACAGGAAUUUUCCAUUAACUCACAAGCCAGAAGAUAAUCAAAAUCAGGGGGUCCAUCCAUCAAUCAGAGGAAACCAGUGGAGAACAGGACCGUGGGGAUCAUGCUCUAGUAGUUGUGCUGGAGGACUUCAGCGUAGAGUUGUGGUCUGCCAGGAUGAAAAUGGACAAAGUGCCAGUAACUGUAAUGCAGCCUCCAAGCCCCCAGAGUCAAAGCACUGUGAUUCGGGACCUUGUCCACAGUGGAACUAUGGAAGCUGGGGAGAAUGUACACAGACAUGUGGAGGAGGAACAAAAUCAAGAUUUGUAAUAUGUCAGUUUCCCAACGGCCAAAUGUUACAAGAGCAAAACUGUGAGAUCUUAAACAAGCCUCCCAGUGUGAUACAGUGUCAUGUGCAUGCUUGCCCUGAUGAUGUUUCAUGGCAUCGGGGACCAUGGAAAUCGUGCUCAGCUUCCUGUGGCAAAGGUAUAAAAUUCCGUGAGGUGCUUUGUGUUGGUCAAUUUCAAAAGAAAUUAGAAGAAAAAUCUUGCAGUCAUCUACAGAAACCUCGAACCUACAAAGCUUGUAGAUCUGUAAGAUGUCCUUCAUGGAGAGUCAGUAGAUGGAAGGAGUGCUCUGUGACCUGCGGCUCUGGAGUUCAGCAAAGGGAUGUGUAUUGCAGACUGAGAGAAGUUGGUCAGGUGACUGAAGAAAUGUGUGAUCAGUCCACCCGGCCUAAUUUUCAGAGACAAUGUUGGCGGCAGGACUGCGUGCAGUACCAUUGGAUUGCAGGAGAGUGGCAAGAUUGUUCAUCAUCAUGUAAGAAAAAAGAGACGUUUCGGCAAGUGAAAUGCAUUGAUGCACAACAUGUGCAAGUGAAUGAAAGUUUUUGUGAUCAUUCAACCAGACCUCUUUCCAUUAAAAAGUGCAGGGAGCCUCCCUGCAAGUAUAUUGUGUUAACGGGAGACACAUCACAGUGUUCAGGAAGCUGUGGAUUUAGUUACCAACAAAGGAUUACAUACUGUAUUGGGAUACGAUCUAAGAAAACUAAGCGUCAUGAAAUUUGGCCUAUAACCUAUCGAGAAUGCCCUGUGCUGCCUUCCCCUCAGGUUUACAAAUGCAAUUUUGGGAGCUGUUUGCACAUGGCCACUUGGAAAGUUGGAAAAUGGAGCAAGUGCUCAGUGACUUGUGGAGUUGGGUUAAUGGAGAGAAGAGUGCAGUGCAUGGCUGAAAAUGGUUGGUCCAGUGACUUAUGUUUAAAGCAUUUAAAACCAGAUGCUCAAAAGAAAUGUUAUGCCAAUGACUGUGAAACAUUUACAAGCUGCAAAGAAAUCCAGGUGAAAAACCACAUUAACAAGGAUGGUGAAUAUUACCUUAACAUUAACGGAAGAAUAAUAAAGAUUCAUUGUGCAGGCAUGCACUUGGAGAACCCCAAAGAAUAUCUAUCACUGGCCAAAGAUGGAGAAGACAACUUUUCUGAAGUGUACAGCUUUAGACUACAAAAUCCAUAUGAAUGUCCUUUCAAUGGAAGUAGAAGGCAAGACUGUGAAUGUACAAAUGACUACCUGGCUGCUGGAUAUACUAUUUUCAGCAAAAUAAGAGUUGAUCUCACUUCUAUGCAAAUUAAAACUACAGAUCUUCUUUUUUCCCAGACAGUAUUUGGAAAAGCUGUUCCAUUUGCCACUGCUGGAGAUUGCUAUAGUGCUGCCAGGUGCCCACAGGGACAGUUCAGCAUCAAUUUGGCAGGAACUGGGAUGAAGAUAUCGAGCACAGCAAAAUGGCUUGCUCAGGGGAGUUAUGCCUCUGUCAUUAUACACAGAUCACAAGAUGGAACCAAAGUCUAUGGCAGAUGUGGAGGGUUCUGUGGAAAGUGUGUUCCACAUAUGACUACUGGUCUUCCAAUUCAAGUGAUAUGAACACUCAGAAGUGGGAUGUAUGCCCCAAGGAGGAGACAUUCACUAGAACAUACAGAUAACUGGUGCUCUUUUCUCCCUCACUCCUUCUUCUUAAGAUUUCCAUGUCCAAAAUGUCUCUUUUCAGGGUGCUUAUCAGGGAUUUAAGUCACUGUUAAAUUUUUUUCAAGGUCUUUAACAUAUAUAUGACUUCAACCAGGGUCUCUUACAAAGGACAUAAUGAUUUAGGAUUAGAGUAUACAGGGAAUUUUGAAUGAAUUAUACCAAGAUAAUAUUGCUGUUAACAGUUUGUACUGGACCACAAUUAUAUUAUACCUAUAACCACAAAUGUUAAUCUUUGCUAGGUGUCCUAGUGCACAACAAAAAGUUUAUGCUAUUUCCUGUUAAAAUGGAGGAAGUACAAAUUAGGAAAUUAAGCUCAUUCAAAACUACUAUAAACAUUAUUGUAUCUGUCAGAUGAAUAGCAAAUUAACAGUCACAUCAAAAAGCACAUAGCCAUUAUACUUUCUACUGAUACAGUUUAGAUACCUUGUGUUUUUUUUUUUUCCCUUUAUUUUUAGUUGUGGAAAAUAUGGUACAGAUUUUAUACUAAAAAUCCAUGCUUGGGUUAAAUACUAAAUAUAAAAUUUUGUGGGUAUAAUACAGAAGAAGAUAUGAUAUAUUGGAAUUUGAGUUUUAAAAGCCUACCUCUAAUUUGAUUGUACUUAUUUUAAGAGCAAUACAUUGUUUUUAUGAUGUUUAUUCUAUUAUGCCUUUAUAACUCUUGUAUGUGUAUAAUGUGUAUAUAUCUAUUCUUAAAAAUUCUAUUCACUCAAAAUAUGUACUGUAUUUUAUUAAUAAAAUAGCGAAGUGUGAAUUCUUUGAAAUUUUGAAUAUUCUGUUUUGGUAAACAUAGCAUGAUGUUUACAUAUGAAAAAAUUUUUAUUAGAAACUUUCAAGUUAUUUUAUAUCUGAGGUUUCUCAAACCAGAACAUAAAAGAUAUAGUAUAAAAAUUAGCUAUUAUGGACAAAUUCUCAGGUAUUAAGAGAUUUUUUUUUCCCAUGGGGAUAAUUUAGUUGUAUAUUAUAUAAUAAUGUGAUAUUAAAAGACGGUCAGACAAAUAAUAUUUUUCUAUGUACCAUCUCUAUAAACCAAAAAAUAUAACUGAAUCUACUAACAGAUUUUGCCAGUAUAUAGUAAUGUAUAAUUUUACCCACAAACUUUUUUCUCCCCUAAAUAUUUAUUAGGGACAUAUUGUACAAUAUAAGGUGCUAAAGCAAUUUUGUGCCAAUGUGGUUAGAUAAACAUUUGGGGAGCUCUGUAUCAGAAAAAAAGUAUUCUGCACUAUGUGCCUUAAACCAGUUGUAAACAUUAAUAUGAAAUGUGUAACAUUUUUCAAGAAAUGUUUUGAUUCAUAAUUAAAAUCUUAUCAUUAUAGACAUUUAAAUAAUAAACAUAUU